AAGACAGAGGCGGCAGCUGCCUCCGCUGCCGCCGCCGCCGCAGCAGCAGCCGCAGCCGGGGCUCAGCACAGCGGCAGGCUCCCCCCUCCCCAGCAGCGGCCGUCGCCGCCCCAGCGGCGCCCCCCCCUACGGGAGCGACCCCCGGGCCGGGCACCCCAGCUGCCUCCGGGAGGGGGGGGACAGGGCCCAAAUCCUCCUCCUCUUCCUCACCCUCCCCUUAUCCCUCCCCCCUCCCCGCUUCCCUGUCCCCUCUUCCCUCCCCCCCCCUCACCCCGGCCCUCUCCCCGUCCCCCUCCUCCCCUCCUCCGCCUCGCCCCACCGGCUUCCCACCACGGCCUCUCUCGGCGAGGAAACUCUGGCCUCCGCUUCCUCCUCCUCCGACUCGGACACCGGCGGAGCCUCCCCGCCCCCGCGGAAGAAACCCCGAGCCUCGGCGGCGGAGGGAGCAGGAGAGCCCGGGGCUUCGACAGGCAGAGCAGGCCUCUCCCCCCCGUCCUCGUCGUCGUCGUCGUCCUCGUCCUCCUCCACCUCCUCCUCCUCUUCCUCUUCUUCCUCCUCCUCCUCCUCCUCCUCCGUGGUGGUAGUGGUGGGACUCCCCGCGGCUGCUGCCCCUCCUGCCGCCGCUGCCGCCCCCCACCGCAGUAGCGGCCACAGCCUGGUCAGCGGCAGCAUCAUGCAGGCCAACGGGGCAGGAGGAGGAGGAGGAGGAGGCGGCGGCGGCGGCGGAGGAGGUGGCGGCGGCGGCGGCGGCCCCGGAGGCGGGGGCCAGGGACAGACCCAGGAGCUCGCCUGCCUCUCGGCCCAGAACGGGGAGUCGUCGCCCUCGUCCACUUCGUCCGGGGGAGACCUGGCCCACGCCAAUGGGCUGCUGCCCUCUGCCCCCUCCGCCGCCAGCAACAAUAGCAACAGCCUGAAUGUCAAUAACGGGGUCCCCGGCGGGGCGGCCUCCGCCUCGUCCGCCGUCGCCGCGGCCACCUCGGCCACCACGGCCGCGUCUUCCUCGUCUGUGGCCUCCUCGGAGCUGGGCAGUAGCCUGAAGAAGAAGAAGAGACUCUCCCAGUCCGACGAGGAUGUGAUUAGGUUAAUAGGACAGCACUUGCAUGGCUUAGGGCUCAACCAGACAGUUGAUCUCCUCAUGCAAGAGUCAGGAUGUCGUUUAGAACAUCCUUCUGCUACCAAAUUCCGAAAUCAUGUCAUGGAAGGAGACUGGGAUAAGGCUGAAAACGACCUGAAUGAACUUAAGUCUUUAGUGCAUUCUCCUCAUGCUAUUGUGGUAAGAGGCGCACUUGAAAUCUCUCAAACGUUGUUGGGAAUAAUUGUGAGGAUGAAGUUUUUGCUGCUGCAGCAGAAGUACCUGGAAUACCUGGAGGAUGGCAAGGUCCUGGAGGCACUUCAAGUUCUACGCUGCGAAUUGACGCCCUUGAAAUACAAUACAGAGAGAAUUCAUGUCCUCAGUGGGUAUCUGAUGUGUAGCCAUGCAGAAGACUUACGUGCAAAAGCAGAAUGGGAAGGCAAAGGAACAGCUUCUCGAUCUAAACUUUUGGAUAAACUCCAGACCUAUUUGCCACCAUCAGUGAUGCUUCCCCCAAGGCGUUUACAGACUCUGCUACGUCAAGCUGUGGAGCUGCAGAGGGAUCGGUGCCUAUAUCACAAUACCAAACUUGAUAAUAAUCUAGAUUCUGUGUCGCUGCUUAUAGAUCAUGUUUGUAGUAGGAAACAGUUCCCAUGUUAUACACAACAGAUACUUACAGAACACUGUAAUGAAGUGUGGUUCUGUAAGUUCUCUAACGAUGGCACUAAACUAGCAACAGGAUCAAAGGAUACAACUGUUAUUAUAUGGCAAGUUGAUUCGGAUACACACCAGCUAAAAUUGCUUAAAACAUUAGAAGGACAUGCUUAUGGUGUUUCUUAUAUUGCUUGGAGUCCAGAUGACAACUAUCUUGUUGCUUGUGGCCCAGAUGACUGCUCUGAGCUUUGGCUCUGGAAUGUACAAACAGGGGAGCUGAGGACAAAGAUGAGUCAGUCUCAUGAAGACAGUUUAACAAGUGUGGCUUGGAAUCCAGAUGGGAAACGCUUUGUUACUGGAGGGCAGCGUGGACAGUUCUACCAGUGUGAUUUAGAUGGUAACCUCCUUGACUCCUGGGAAGGGGUAAGAGUGCAAUGCCUUUGGUGCUUAAGUGAUGGGAAGACUGUUUUGGCAUCAGACACACACCAGCGAAUUCGGGGCUACAACUUUGAGGAUCUUACAGAUAGGAACAUAGUACAAGAAGAUCACCCUAUUAUGUCUUUUACUAUUUCAAAAAAUGGCCGAUUAGCUUUGUUAAAUGUAGCAACUCAGGGAGUUCAUUUAUGGGACUUACAAGACAGAGUUUUAGUGAGAAAGUAUCAAGGUGUUACACAAGGAUUUUACACAAUUCACUCAUGUUUUGGAGGCCAUAAUGAAGACUUCAUCGCUAGUGGCAGUGAAGAUCACAAAGUAUACAUCUGGCACAAACGUAGCGAGCUGCCAAUUGCAGAGCUAACAGGACACACACGCACAGUAAACUGUGUGAGCUGGAACCCACAGAUUCCAUCCAUGAUGGCCAGUGCUUCAGAUGAUGGCACUGUUAGAAUAUGGGGACCAGCACCUUUUGUAGACAACCAGGAUAUUGAAGAGGAAUGCAGUAGCAUGGAUAGUUGAUGGCGAAUUCGGAGCAGACGACUUCUGUUUAACUUAAAAUUAGUCGUAUUUUAAAUGGCUUGGGAUUUGGUGCAAACAAACAUGAUUGAUAGCUGGACAGACAUGCUCGUCAUGAAAAAAAAGAACCAUUUCUGAAGCCCGAUUGGGGCCAAACAUUUACCACCUUGCUUCAUAGUAACCAGUUGAGAUGAAGCACGUCGUUAGAACGUUGUUGGACACCGUGUUGAAUUACCCCCCCAUCGGUUGUGAAGAACUGUGCUACAUUCAGGCUACCCAUUGAACUCAGUAUAUAUAUUUUUUUCCUUCCUGCCUUUUUGUCUGGCGGGCUACCAUUCUUGUUGCUCUUCUGUGUAAUGAAGUUUAAAUGCUUGUUUGGAAAACUUUAUUUAACAGUUUAGAAGGCUUGAUAGAAAGAGUGCUUUAGUCUGAAGAGUAUACGUUGGAUAGGAAAGUUAUUUCCUUCUCUUGUUUCUCUAAAUCUCUCCGCCUUAUUUAGCUUGAGAUCUUUGCAGCUUGGUUCAUGGAUUCUAGCCUUGCCCGUUGCGCAGUAUAUACUGAUCCAGAUGAUAAACCAGUGAACUAUGUCAAAAGCACUCUCAAUAUCACAUUUGACAAAAAGUUUUGUACUUUUCACAUAGCUCGUUGCCCCGUAAAGGGUUAACAGCACAAUUUUUUUUAAAUAAAUUAAGAAGUAUUUAUAGGAUUAAAGUGACUUCAUUUGUAUACAUUUGGAACUUAAACCAGCUUAAAAAACAGUGUCAUCUAUGACAUAGAUAUGCAGUAUAACUGAUGAUCUUCUGGAGUACCAUACAAGACAUGGUCAGAAACAGAGCUCGGAAGGACUUUACACAGGCAAAUAAGAGUAAAAUUUUUUGAGGUCUUUUGUUUUUGUUCUUACAGCCAUCAUUCAUCUUUAAAAUACUGAAUAAAAAUAACUUAUAGAUGCACAACCAACAUGAUAGAACAAAGGUCAACUUAGGAUUUUUCAAAAGCUUAUUCAGGUUUUUCAUGAAAUUGGAAAUCAAAAGAUGAAAAAAUAGAAACCUAAAGAAUGCUACAACCUUGGCUAUUUUUUUUAAUCUCAAAAGUAACUUAAGAAGAGGACCGUUUCCAGAUUAUCAUGCAUAUAUUGAGUUUAUAAACACAUCUAUUUCCCCUACAUUACUUAUAAAUUUUUCCUUAAAAUCUUGAGCUAUAGGGAUGCAUAGACUCAAAGAAUACCCCUUUUAAGUUGAAGUUACAAAUAUUGCCAUACUGGACCUCAUUCUAAACUGGUGCUGUGGAUAGAUUUCUUUUUUCUGGUUUUCGUUUUUAAAUAUAAGGAAUGGUUUCCUUUGUAAAAAACAGAAAAACAAAAAAACAAAAAGCACUUUUAUUUUAAAUAUUUUACACUUCUGAAAAUAAGCCAAGAGCCUGAUGUUCAUGUUGUGCUUUUUACCCCAUCACAGUUGAAUAUGGCACACUUGGUCUCCCUUGAAAUUCCCUUCUUUUUCAGGUAAAGGACAGAAUAGGGUAGACCACAGCUUUUGAUUAGGGGGAAAAAGUAUCAGGAUGAACCCAGAGUGAUGAAAGAUCAUGAUCAGUAGAAGUCUUGAGAACUGGAGUUAAAGUUCCCUUUAGGACCAGUCAUCUACACUAUAGUUAACUACUGUGGAUAGACUUCUCCAGAUUCCACAUGGGGAAGAAAAAGGCAUGGGUGGCUUGGAUAUCACGGAUUCUUCCAUUAUUUGGGGGAGGGGGGAAACUUGGUUGGUGGGAGGAAUAAUAUGGGGGUGGGGGAGGAGAGAAACACAAAUUGGCCUUAAAAUAACAGAUUCUCCCCAAAGCUUGCAGUAAGAGAAAUUAAUAGAUCGUGGUCAACAGAUUAUUUAUCAAAUUGGUAUAUAUAACCUUAAAGAUUUUCAUAGUGUCUUUACUCUCCAUUUUGCAGAGAUCGCCACUUAGAGAAUCAAAGAACUCCUGUCUGUUUUGAUACUUCUGAGUUAGAAUAAGAACUAUAUGUUACAGCUUAUCUGGUACUUCAUUUUUCUUAACUAAAAUUACUUUUUACUUUAAGCUUGAAUAAAAAUCUAUUGGUAACUGUAUAUAA